CAGGCUUGUCAGAUGGGAAUGCUUGAUCGAGUGACAACUCUGAUAGAAAGCGAAGCGGCAACGGCUACAGAAAGAGACUCUGAAAAUUGCACUCCUUUGCAUUGGGCUGCUAUUAACAAUCAUUUGGCUGUCGCUAAAUAUCUUGUGGAUCGCGGUGCUCAAGUAGAUGCCAUUGGAGGCGAUCUCAGCGCUACUCCACUUCACUGGGCUGCUCGUACUGGUCAUGUUCAAAUAGUAUCUUUUUUACAUAGACGAGGCGCAAACCCAGAACUUUGU